AUGGGACCAAAGAGAGGAACCGCGCGCGCGGCCAACGGCGUUCACGCCGCGACGUCGUCGCUGUCCCUCGCGCUGGAGGGCGGAUGUGUCACGGUGGGGGGUCACGCGUUCAUGGAGGGGUGCUCGCAGGCGGUGUCCCUGCGGGGAACCUCCGCUGUGGUGGGCGAUAACGGAUGCGACGGCGCGACGGAUCCGGGUCCGGAUACGCCCAAGACGACGGUGGACGCCGCGAUCCUCGGGUUUCGCAACACGCACCCCGCGUGGGACGACGACCCGGAGAGCGACCUGCGCAUCUUGCGGGACAGGCACGUGAUUCGACUCGCUCGCCGCUUGCGUUGCGAUCGGUUCGUCGCCGCCGCGCGUUGCAAGCUGUGGUGGAUGACCCCGACGUGGGGCGCGGGCGGCGACGCGCUCGUGAACAGCUCGUCGUCCACCGAGGCGGGGAUCCCCGCGGAGACGCAGUUCGUCCUCUUCGAGUUAAACGGGGGAAGCGCGCACGUCGCCGCGGUUCCGAUAAUCUCCGACGGCUUCCGUUGCACGCUCAGCGGCCACGUCAACGACUGCCGCAACACCGACGACGACGACGACGACGAAACCGACGGCACCCCCCACGGCACCCCGGGUGACGGCACCCCGGGUGACGGCGCAAAACGAUGCGUCCUCGCCCUCGUCGCCGAGUCCAACUGCGAGCGGGAGACGUGCGACGGAGUCGACGCCGCUCUCGUCUUGGCGUGCUCCGACUCGCCCUUUCGAGCGGUGGAGGCGGCGAUGGCCGUGGCGUCCGAGGCGAUGAACGGAACGUUCAGGCUCCGAACGCGAAAGGUGGCGCCGCCGGUGGUUGACGUCUUCGGCUGGUGCACGUGGGACGCGUUUUACCACGCGGUGACGCCCGCCGGCGUGGAGGCUGGCGUCAAUUCGCUAACCGACGGCGGCAUCCCCCCGCGGUUCGUCAUCAUCGACGACGGGUGGCAGAGCGUGGCGCCGGAUCCGCAGUUUAAGAAGAGGGUCGAUCACAUCUCAGAUCACCCGCGGACGAAACCGGAUUUCAUCGACAAGCCACACGUCACGGAGGUUGUGGAGUUUGGAAGGGGCGACGCGGGUGGCGGGGCGCUCGCGUGGGCCGGGGGCGCGCUCGCGAGCGGCCUCGAGUACGCGUACUGGAACGCGCUGCACUCCGUGGCGUACAACUCGUUGACGUGGAACGUGGCCAAGUUUCUGGUGGAUUGGGUCUUCUCGCCGGUGAUUCGCGGCGCGUUCAGCACCAUGUCGUGCUUUAACCACAGGGUGAGCGCCAUUCACGCAAACGUCAAGUUUCAGGACGAAGCCGGCCGCGCGUCCGACGAUUCGCCGAGCGUGAAGCGGGUCAAGGGGCGGGGGACCAAGCGCAAGUCCCCGACGGCGGACGGCGGGAUGGUGGUUGGGGGGGAGGACGGGUUCGGGCGCGUCAUCUCCCGGAUCAAGGCGCUGGGGGUGCAGAGCGUGUACUGCUGGCACGCGCUGUUUGGAUACUGGGGCGGGUUGCACCCGUUUGAGAGGGGCGUGAGUCGAUUUCGGCCCAAGGUGGUGCUCCCGAGGCACACGCCGGGCUUGCUCUCCGUCGAGCCGUCGCAGGCGUGGGAUCCCAUCUCCGUGGGAGGCGUCGGGACGGCGGACCCGGAGAAGCUCGCGGAGUUUUACGAGGAGCUUCACCUGUACCUCGCCGACGCGGGCGUGGACGGCGUGAAGGUUGACGGGCAGGCGAUGGUGGGCGGCCUCGGUCGGGGCCUGGGCGGGGGCCCGAACCUCGCGAGGCACCUCCACGCCGCGCUCGAAAAGUCCGUCAAGCGGCACUUCCCCACGAACGGCCUGAUCAACUGCAUGUGCCACUCCACGGAGAACAUAUUCAAUUUCGGCGACAGCGCGCUGGCUCGGGUGAGCGACGACUUUUACCCAACCAAUAACGCCAGUCACACCGUGCACCUCGCCAACGUGGCUUACAUAUCCACGUUCAUGGGCGAGGUGGUGGUGCCGGACUGGGACAUGUUCCACUCCCUGGGGGACGCCGGGCCGCUGCACGCGGCGGCCAGGGCGGUCGGCGGCUGCCCGGUGUACGUGUCGGACGCGCCCGGUAAGCACGAUUUUAACCUACUUCGUCAGCUGGUGUUUCCCAGCGGCAAAGUUCUGAGGGCCAAGCUCCCGGGCCGACCCACGCGCGACUGCCUGUACGCCGACACCUGUCGCGACGGGGUGUCGUCGCUCAAGGUGUGGAACAGGAACGAGAUCGGCGGCGUGGUGGGGUGUUUCAACAUUCAGGGCGCGGCUUGGUCUCGAAGGAAGGGGAUAUUCGUGUUUCAGCACUCCGACGCAGGCGACGUGCCGAGCGUCGUGGCGAGUGUCCGGCCCGAGGACGUGGAAGGGAUGGUGACCGGGACCGCCGACGGAUCGAACGAGGAGUUCGUGAUCCAGGCGCACAGGACCCGAUCGCUCUCGCUGCUCAAACCCGGGCAGCGCAUGCCGGACCUACUCCUGGGCCCCAAGGAGUGGGAGGUGUACACGGUGUGCAAGGUGCUCGUCGCGGGCGGGGUGAAGUGGGCGCCCGUGGCGCUGGACCAGAUGCUCAACGGCGGCGGCGCGUUGGAGUCGUGCUCGCUGACACUGGCGCACGGGGUGAAGGAGGGCGCCGCCAAGGGGAAAGGGGGCAAAGGGGGCGGCCGGGCGGGCGUCGUGGGCGAGACUACGCUGUACGGCUGCGGCGCCCUCGUGUGCUACUCGAGCGUCGAGCCCAUCGAGGUUGAGGUUGACGGCGCGAGGGUGCGGGCGAAGUGGCGAGCGAGCGACGGGAACCUGAUCGUCCCGCUCGGACCGAGGGAGGGGACGCACGCCGUGGUGGUCAGGUUCUGAUCGGGCGCGACGACGCGCGAGUGUGUUUGUUCACGUUGACGUCAAAAGUAUCCUUCACGAUACGGUGUUGAUUCUUUGCCUACGUUAUUAAUUCAGCCAGAGGUCGCCCGCUAUCUCGCCUGCACAGCCCGCGGCCCGUGUGUUUCACGAGCCGUGGGCGAGGCGGGGGGCGCGUUUGCUAA